UGACUUAAGGCUAGGGGUUUACUUGUAUUGUAUGAAAUCAAAAACGGAUAGCCGGUUAUCGUUUCCUUUCAUUUUGUCGACGAUGGAGACCUGGUUCGUGGUAGUCGUGUCCCUCUGCGUCGCCGCCCUUAUCAGAUCCCUACUAUUCCACCGGAGAAACGGUAAGAAGCUGCCUCCUGGGCCGUCUUUCAUUUCCUCCAACUUCUCACUGCUAACAAGGUCCCGCUUGGAGUUCGAAACGACCCUCAUAAAUCUCAAGUCCAGGUAUGGAUCACUCAUCACUCUUUAUAUCGGUUCUCGUCCUUCCAUUUUCGUCGGCAGCCAUUCUCUCGCCCACCAAGUCCUCAUUCAAAAAGGUGCAGUCUUCUCCGAUCGCCCCAAAUCCUUCGCCAUGAUGAACAUCUCCUCAGCCUCCUACGGCCCUACUUGGCGCCUCUUCCGACGCAAUCUCGCCUCUGAGAUUCUGCAUCCCGCUCACAUCAAAUCCUACUCGUGGGCUCGCAAGUGGGUCCUUCAUAUCCUCAUCGGUCGUCUCCAGGAGCAGAAGGAGGUUGUAGGAAUCCAGGUGGUUGAUCAUUUUCAGUACGCCAUGUUCUGUUUGUUGGUCCUGAUGUGCUUUGGAGAGAAGCUUGACGAGAAUCAAAUCAAUGAAAUCGCACGAGUACAGCGUGAUAUGCUGUUGAGAAUCGGGUCGGGUCGAUUUACCGUGUUGACUAUGCUCCCAAGAUUGGGGAAGAUAUUGUUUAGAAACAGAUGGAAAGAGUUCGAACAAUUGCGCGAAGAUAAAGAACAUGUGUUGAUUCCGUUCAUCAAAUCUCGAAUCGAAGCAAACAAAUCUGAGUCCCAAUUUCGAGACGAGCAAAUCGUGGCGUACGUUGACACUCUGGUAAAUCUACAGCUUCCCGAGGAAGAAGGUAACAAUGAAAAUGGUGGAAAGCUCACCCACAAGGAGAUGGUGAGCAUGUGUAGCGAGUUCCUUAACGCCGGCACAGACACCACCUCUACUGCUCUACAAUGGAUCAUGGCGAAUCUGGUGAAGUAUCCUCACAUUCAGAGCAAGCUUUACGACGAAAUCAUUUCAGUCGUCGGACCACCACCUCCACCGCCGCGGCCAGGGGUAGAACCGGAAUCUGUUAUAAAUGAAGAGGAAUUAAAGAAAAUGCCAUACCUGAAGGCGGUGGUUUUGGAAGCAUUGAGGAGACACCCACCAGCACAUUUCGUUCUUCCCCAUAGAGUCACAAAGGAGGUAGAAGUUCUAGGGUUUACGAUUCCAGAGGGUGCGAGCAUUAAUUUCAUGGUCGCUGAGAUGGGUUUGGAUCCAAAGGUGUGGGAAGAUCCCAUGGUGUUUAAACCAGAGAGGUUCAUCAAUGGUGAUUUCGAUAUAACUGGAAGCAAAGGGAUAAAGAUGAUGCCAUUUGGUGCAGGAAGAAGGAUAUGUCCAGGGUUUGAUUUGGCUCUGCUUCAUUUGGAAUAUUUCGUUGCCAAUUUGAUUUGGUAUUUCCAUUGGAGUCCUCCCGAUGGUUAUCAUGUUGAUCUCUCUGAGAAGUUGGAGUUCACAGUCGUCAUGAAGAACCCCCUGAGAACACAAAUCUCUUCCAGGGUCUAGACAAAAUAGCAAUAUGUCUAUAACGUAUAGGAUUACCUAAAUAAGGAAUGUAUAUGUUCUCUUGUAAUGCAAAUCUAUCUAAUAUUUAUGUGAUUCAACUACAAUUAUUCAACCCUACAAUAAAAUAUAAUUUCAAGA